ACGCGCGCGGGGAGCUCCCGGCGCCUCUCCCGCGCGGGACGGAGCCGCAGGAGCGACGCCGGAGGGGUAAAGCCUCCGUCUGCCCGCCCGCAUGGAGCUGAGCAGCGCGGCAGGGGCGUCCACCCGCUUCCUCGGCCUCACUCAGCGGUACCGGAGGGGUAAAGCCUCCGUCUGCCCGCCCGCAUGGAGCUGAGCAGCGCGGCAGGGGCGUCCACCCGCUUCCUCGGCCUCACUCAGCGCAGAUGUGAUAUGUCAGAGAGUGGAGUACAAAUCUUGGCAGGAACCGGGAAUGGAGAGCCAAAGAGCUCCUUCUCUGAAGAUCUGGGUUGCAGAGGCGAAGAGUUUAGCAGAAAGUAUUAUGGAUCUGUGGAGCUUCUGCUCCAUCUAGUGAUGCUGAUGGAGCCUUUCAAAGAGCUGGAUGGUUCCGGGUGGAGAAUGGCUCCUCUGGUGAGAACUUUUUCAUCUGUAAAUACCAUCUUACUAUAGGAAGAAAGAAGACCUCAUCUCCUAGAAAUAUUUGUAAGAUCUUGGUAAAGUGCAUAUUGACCUAAUAAUCAGCAAACUUUACUGAUCAUCUGCUUGCAUCAGCACUAGCUGCAGAGUUGAAAGGAAUCUAACUAAUCUGCAUUGAUUCUUUGGGGAGUCAUGUUUGGGCCUCUGUCUUUUUAGCUCAGUUUCAUGCAGUGCAAAUGCUCGUAUCGUGGAAAGAUUUGUCGAGUGGGUGACAAACGGCCACAUGGUGAAUGGAGAAUGAAUACGGAAUAUGGAGAACGGCUUUUUCUUUGUGUGUUAAUUUAUAGUGGGAAAGGACUUGAGGGAUGCUUGGGAAUUUACCUUAAUUUAUGAGAAACAGCACUGAAGAACUUCCAAAGCAUGCUUUGGUCAAGCAAGGAGACUUUGAGGUCACUGAGGACCGGUGCUCCGUGCAGCAGAGCAGUUCUGGAGCCGCGACCGCCGCGGGCACGGCGCCGUGGUCAGGGUAGCACGCUGGCAGCCGGCUAGACGCAGCCAGGGUCCUUGCCCUUUUUUGCCGCCGUCUUUGGAAGGGCGAGUGGCAGCACUGCCCCGAGCUCACAGCCCGGGUCUCCCACGCGCGGCGGGGACGGCCCCGGGGGGAGCUGCAGUACCGCUCUGUGCCCACAGGGCGGCAGCACUGCCCCGAGCACACAGCCUGGGUCUCCCACGCGCGGCGGGGAUGGGCACGGGGGGAGCUGCAGUACCUCUCUGUGUCCACAGGGUGGCAGCACUGCCCCCGAGCUCACAGCCCGGGCCUCCAACGUGCGGUGGGGACAGGCACAGGGGGAGCUGCAGUACCGCUCUGUGCCCACAGGGUGGCAGCACUGCCCCGAGCGCACAGCCCGGGCUCGGGGACAGGCAGAGAACGGAGACAAAAAAGAACGUGCCCAAAAAUCCUGUCAAAGAAAUGCCCCAAAAGACCCCCAAGCACAACUACCAGAACCCUGCCACUCACCAAAUUCAAACCAAAAAGGCUUUGAUUGUAGGCUAUAGAUCAAAUAUUUAGUAUUUAUUAUGUUUAUAUUUAUCAUUACCGUUUAUUUUUUAUUCAUGUCUGUGUAUCUUAUAUAUAUUUUAAUACACAUAGCAUGUCAUAA